GGCGCUGUCGCUGUGGAAAGAUGCGAUCAGCGAGGAGCGGAGGCUUUUCCUUAAUUGCUCAUUUCUGUAACAGAGGCUAGGCAACCUGAAACCAAACCUCUGUGGUCUCCUGUUGAAGCGAGAAGCUCCACAUAUACACCCCAGCGUUGACCUAAGAUAUGUCUAUGUUUUGAGGAGACAGCGCAGAUCAUACCCGGCGGUUUUGGCUCGAGAGCUCCAGUAUGUCCAAGCGGCGCUCAUCGGAGAGGGGGGCUGGAGAGACGUCAGGCAGGGCCAGCAAGCUACAGUGUCCUGGGAUAUCCGGCAGUAAUGCCAAGAGAGCUGGCCCCUUCGUCCUUGGGCCUCGCCUGGGCAACUCACCAGUGCCGAGCAUAGUGCAGUGUUUGGCAAGAAAAGAUGGCACAGAUGACUUCUAUCAGCUAAAAAUCCUGACACUUGAAGAACGAGGGAACUCUGCUGGGGAAACUCAAGAGGAGAGGCAGGGGAAGAUGCUGCUGCACACAGAAUACUCUCUUCUGUCACUGCUACACCACCAGGAUGGGGUGGUCCACCAUCAUGGCCUCUUCCAGGAUCGAGCCUAUGAAAUUGUUGAAGACAUAGAGGCCAACAAAGUGCGCAAGAUGAAGAAGAGGAUCUGCCUUGUAUUGGACUGCCUCUGUGCUCACGAUUUCAGUGACAAGACGGCUGAUUUGAUAAACUUGCAGCAUUACGUUAUAAAGGAGAAGCGACUGAGCGAGCGGGAGGCCAUCGUCAUCUUCUAUGAUGUGGUGCGCGUGGUGGAGGCCCUCCAUAAGAAAAACAUUGUGCACAGAGACCUGAAACUGGGAAACAUGGUGCUGAACAAACGGACUCACCGCAUCACCAUAACCAACUUCUGCCUGGGAAAACACCUGGUGAGCGAGGACGACCUGCUCAAAGACCAGAGAGGAAGUCCUGCCUACAUCAGCCCCGACGUACUAAGCAGUCGACCAUACCGCGGGAAACCCAGCGACAUGUGGGCUCUUGGUGUAGUCCUGUUCACAAUGCUUUAUGGCCAGUUCCCCUUUUAUGACAGCAUACCUCAAGAACUCUUCCGCAAGAUCAAGGCUGCAGAGUACUCCAUCCCAGAGGACGGCCGUGUGUCAGAGAACACAGUGUGCCUCAUCCGGAAGCUGCUUGUUUUGGACCCUCAGGAGAGACUGACUGCAGGAGAAGUGCUGGAGUCAAUUGGUGCCAUCAUUGCCUCAUGGCAGUCUGUUUCAUUAAUGAGCGGCCCUCUUCAAGUGGUUCCGGAUAUUGACGAUCAGGUCAAUAACUCAGAACAUCUUCAAGAGGCCAAAGGGAUUGAGGAGUCGUCGCAGUACGAGUUUGAGAACUACAUGCGCCAACAGCUGCUGCUGGCUGAAGAAAAAAACACUAUUCAUGAAGCCAAAAGCUCCCUCACUGAGCGCCAGUUUGGCAGCAUCCCACCAGUGAGGCGUUUGGGCCACGAUGCCCAACCUGUCGGCCCACUAGAUGCUGCCAUCCUAGCCCAACGUUUCCUCCGGAAAUAGCCCCCAAAGGACCCACUCCAGCCUGUCUGGUCUCACCCGGAAGUCUAGACAGCUGCAAAGACUAGAAAAGACAAAAGGGGGAGAAGCUCCAAAACUGAACUGGGAUGAAGGAGACCCUGCCUUGGCUGGCAAUUAGAUGCCCCCUAGAUGUGGAUUCUGGCAAGCUAGGUGGAGUCAGACAUAAGUUGGGCAGCAGAACACAUAGCCCACUCGGAGCUUCAGCCCCCUCCCCCUUUGUGUGGAUUUACUCUGAAAUAUGGAUGGACCUGGAGGAUGCUCUGAACCAAAGGUUCCUUGUCCUUAGGUUUCCCACAUCUCACUGUGCAACGACCCUGAUAGCACAGUCACACAUGGCGCUGACACAAGGCUCCGCCUGCAGUGUUGAAGAAUCCCACGCUCCUGCUCCUGUCAGACCCCCUUACUGUAGUCCCCCCGUUCUGGUAACUGAGCAAUACAGGUCGAGAAUUAUGUAGCAGUCCCCUCUCUUCAUAGUGGUUUAUGGUAUUGCUUCAAGUUAGAUGUCUUCAUCACAGAUGUCACUUUUGUAUACCUCCAUUCCACCUCCCUUUUCUCACUCCUUCGUCUUUCUCUGUACCGAUCCCCUGUAUUGAAAAUGAUCCUCAUCCUGUCCAUAACUCUGACUUCAAAUCAAUCUACCUCUUUGUCCCUCUUCUCUGUUGGUAAACCAUACUCACUGUUCUGAGACAAGGGAUUGUAACAACCGAGUCUUGAUGCCACCAGUGACAUAAAGCAUUAAUGUUUUUUGUCAGAGUGAAGACCUUCGAAACCCAUUUGCUGGUUUCUACAAAUCUGAAUAAGCUUUUUAUAAUUUGCCUGAAUAAGUAGCAUUGAAUCCCUACAGUCGCAUUGAAAACAAGAACUGAAUAUCAAAGAAUGUGCACAAGCAUCCUUUGAUAUUUACCAAAUGCAUUGUCCCCUGCUUUUGCUCAUCCCUGUGGAAAUCUAUUUUUAGCAUCGAGGCAGCUAGUGUGAGAUAUCUGGAAGUCCCAAUGCCAAGAACUGAAUGGGUAAAACUGUUGCAUUCUACAUGCCAAGGCAUAUUGAUGGUAACUCUUCCUCAGUGCCGCUGUCACGAUGAAAAGGCACUGUCAUGUUUCUGUUGCCAAAAAUCCUGUCUUAAAUUGACUCUUAGCCAAGGAUGCUGGUACUCACAGGCUCAUUCAGAAUGAAAUGCCUUCAAGGUAGCUUCCCUGUUCCUCCUUGUCGAUACAGAUCAUGGGACAAGUGUUUCUCAGUGUGAAUGUGAACUGUUGCUCUAUACUUCGAUACAUCUGCAGUAUGUAUGACUGUGCUCGUGGGGUGUGUGUGUGUGUGUUUAGGCGUGUGUGUGUGUGUGUGUUUGGGCCAGGCGGAAUAAGAGUCGGCGGAGCCGUUAAGCCUUUUGACACUCUCUGACCCUUUUAAGCUAUCGUCCAGUCGUCAUUGUGUUAUCUGGCCUGCCUCGUUGGCAGACACUGUGAAAACCAGAGCAGGCUCUGCUAAGUCAGGGCUUGGCUGAAUGUUUUAUCGGAAUGACACAAAUGCUUUAAGAUUGGAAAUGAUCACAUAUCUAUUGCCAUUCAAGCCCUUUCUCAAGCGCGUCCUGUACAUGCUUGUCUUAUCUUACCACGCAGAGAUGAACUAGUGGCUGAUAGUAUAUACUGUAUCAUUUAAUAGCUAAAUGAAAAAAAAACCUACUCUCUGAGUCAUAAGUUUAGCUUCUGGGUUUGCUCUAUAUUUUUGAUGCAUUCUUCUUUCAUUCACAGUGAAUUUUUAAACCAUGGCAAUGCUAUUAACCAGUGACUGUUAGGCAUUUGUACAAUGCAUCCUGCCUUCGCAUAUUGGUACCUGCUUUUGACUCUUGACUUCCUAUUUAUAUUCUGAUUGCAUGAUCUUAGCCUUUGGAAUUUCUUAAAAAAUGUCUUCUUGUUUUUUUUUGUUUUUUUUCUUGUAAUUUCAUGGUGAUUUAUUUAUUCACUUAUGUAGACAUUUUCUUCCGAACCCCUUGGGCUUGUAUCACAGACACUGAUUGUAGACGGUGAGAAAGUUACCUUAAAACAGUCUGGGACUCAUGCCGGUGAAACAGGACCCACUUCUCUUUGCUCUCUCAGCUUUAAAAAGUGUCGUUCACGCAAACAGUGGUUGUACUUAAGCCACCCCCCCACCCCCAUCUUUUUAAGACACAUCCAUGGAAAAAGUAGCAUUUGUUUUCCUUCUUCGGAUUUCUAAGUUCAUUUCUUGCCAUUUUGCCACCGUUUGUGGCAAAUUAAGCUACACUAAUACUGAGACUGACUUUUGCAUAGUUUUAUUUGUCAAGAAAACAAAAUGAUUCUCAUGGUAACUUGAUUUAUGGGAGGGGGUUUUGCAGUGUAUGUUUUUUAUAUAUAUUUCUGCCAUCCCCCCCAGCUCGCCACACAAGGCUGUACUCUGGUCAGUAUGUAAAUAAUGUACCAUCAUGACUGCGCCAGUCAUGGUGUCUGUACAGUAGUUCUACGCAGUGACUUAUCAACUCUUGUUUCAACACAACAAUUGACGCGUCCUUCAACCUC